AAAUAUAUUUGUUUAAAUAUUAUAUAUCCCUAAAAACAUUUACGAGUAUAUACAUACAUGUAAACAAGCCACUAAACGUGCAUAUUAGCAUUUAUAUAUUCUUUGACACACGACAACCCUGCCUGUGCAUGCACUUUACGAAGCAGCAGCAAAAGUAAAAUUAACAAAUACCGCUUGUCAUCUCUUUCGCACAUAUAGAAGUGCUUUGGAACUGACAUUUGUACGCUCACUACAUGUGCGCGUUCAUUCGCACUCACACCGCAUACGACCCUGACGAGCGAUUAUUGAUCAUUCACAAUGGGGGCAAUGCAAAAAUCUAUUUCGAUUUUUGCUUGUACAUUUUUCAAGAUGGCCGUAUCGCAUUCAGUGUAGACACGAGAAAGUGUAGCAAUCUUUUUUUUGCAAUAGUUUUGCUUGUUAUCUAACAUAAAAAUACAUAUUAGCACUUUGUGUGUAAAGUGCUACUGUGAAAGUAUAUAAAUAUAUUAAAUAUUUUAAGAAUUUCACAUUAUUGUGAACGCUGUGGUGGAUAGAAUUUUUUUCUCAAUUGCAGCGUUGUUGUUGUUGUUUAAGUUGUGCAGUGGCGGCAGAAUAACGCACUGUGGAAAAAAAUUGUGACACUCCAAGGAAUUUUUGAUAAAAAUCUUAUAUCUUUGCGAUUUUUAACGGUACUAUCGAAAUUGUAUAGUGAUUAUAAGCACAGCAUAAUAUAUUCGCUGCAUUGGAAAAUUGCAUGAAUAGUUAAUUAAACUUGAUUAAUUGCACGCUAGCUUACCGCUGGCAGCAUAAAAUGCUCAUAAAUCUUCAUGUGGCGGCAAAAUUUUGACAUUAAAGCAACAACCACUUAUUUACAAUAACAAAAUUUAGAAAUAUCUAAUAAAAACAAACAACGAAAAACAUUCAUAAAGAAGUGUGGCUUAAAUAGUGAAAUUGUUUGGCUAAAAGCAAACAGUGAAUAAAAAGAAAGUGGUGAAAAUGAGUAGUGAACUGAUUGAAGAAGGUGGUGUUAUUGAUACCGGCAGCGAUGAGGUGUUAUUAACGAAUGGUGCAAACGAGACGGACGAAGGAGUUGCCGAGUACUUGGAAGAGGUAAAGCACGACCCAAUGGUAGCUGACAACAAGUCGAUAAGCCCAACUAAGCGUGGCCGCAAACCACGCCGGCCGGCAGAAGUAGAAGAAGAGGAUAAUGUUGAAGCACUUGAAGAUGAGGACGAAGGUGAAGUAAUUGAGCAUAUUUUACAAGACGAAGAUGAACCAGAUGAAGAGGAGGAGGAAGAAGGCGAGGAUGAGGAGAAGGAGGAAGUUCAUAAGCCGGUUUUGCACAAACCAACACAAUUGCCGAAAAAGCGCAAAGAUGUUGCAGUUAAGCAAAGUCCAAAUUUGACAGAAAAAGACGAAGAAGAUUAUGUGGACGAUGGCGAGCAGCCAACAAGUACGGCACGCGAAGCUGCCAAAAUGGAAAAUCAUGUCGAUGAGAAUCAAUGUCGUGUCUGUACCAGCAAAGACGAUUUGGUCAGCCUUUUUAAAAUCAUCAAUAAACAAACAAUUGCCGAUAAAUUAAUGAAUAUAUGUCCGACCGUGUCCAUUGCUCCAAAAGAUUUUAUGCCACAAUUUAUAUGCAAUACUUGCUUGGAUAAUGUAAACAUUGCUUUACAGUUAAAAACACAGUGUGAAGAUACUGAGCGAGAAUUGAGAAAGAAACUUUCACGCAGCAAGAACAAAGUACGACGACCGGCUGGUUAUGUGGUCAUAGAUGCAACGCUGGACUCUGAUCCCUCCGAUGAAGAGCCGAAUGAUGAUGUAGAAUUUAAAGUCUCCGACGAUGGUGGUAUAACGGCUGAAGAUGACUCGGAUGAUUCUGAUUUUGGUACCACAACCAAAAAGAAACGUUCUCCACGCGGAGCCGGCGGUAGAAGAGGUCGGCGUAAAUCAGCGGCAGCAGGAACACCUGGUCCCAAAUUCAAGGAGAAGAAACGAAUGGGACGGCCGCCAACAAAGCGCGCACCACCACCAUCACCCACUUUAAUUAAGGACGAAAGCAGUGAGGAGGAAUAUGUUAAGCCACAAAUAAAAAAACGUAAAAUAAAGGGUACACCGCCGUCGGAUGAGCAAGAAGAAAAACCCACAGAAUACCCUUGCGAUGAAUGUGAGCAAGUAUUUACGCGUAAACUAUCAUUAAUACUACACAAGAAGGCGCAUCUGCAUCGUGAACCACUUAAAUGUGAAGUAUGUGGACAAAUGUUCAAAAUACAGGGUGCUUACCGUAAACACGUGCAAAAACAUAACGAGGAGCCGUCAACAUUUGAAUGCCACAAAUGUGAAUACACCGCCACCAGUAAGGCCGAGUUACGCCGUCACUUAGUUGAUGAACACGACGAACAGGGUGUGCUAUAUCAAUGUGAGAAAUGUAAACGGAAAUUUGUGUCCGAAGUGCGUUUGGAGAAACACAAAGAGAUUCGUUGUCCGGGCCAGGAACGACCGAUGAAAAUGCGACACGAUGUUGAGAAUUAUAGCGUUGGAAAGGACUUAUUUAAAUCCGUUGCACCACUCACCACCACAUACUGGAGUGAUAGCUUUUCCGAUUAAAUACAUACGGUCUUAUCGAUUUCUAUUAGUUAAGUGUAAUGUAAUAAAUUGUAAUCACUUUAGUUCGAUCAACAUUGCCGUGUGUAAAUUUCAAUGAAGUCUCAAUUACUUUGUCGGAUAUUGUGCCCAAGAAAUAGUAGUUUAGCAGCAAUUACAAACAUAGUUCCAAGUGCACAUUUUUAACAAUGACAAUGUGCUGACUAUAUGUAUAUUCAAGCCAUUUGAUAAUUUCGCUUCAUUUGUAUAUACGUAUGUACGUCAGUGUUAGUUUAUUGAAAUUUAAAAUACAAAUGACAAAAUAUGGGGCUAAAAUUUUAGGCAAGCACACCAUUAUAUUUUAAGCAAAUAAAGUUUUGUUAUAAGUAUAUAUGAAAUAUUUAAAAUUUACUCCUAAUUGCAGUUAUGUUUUAAUAUUUUAAAUAAAUAUUUUACGUUUUCAUAUUAAAGUAAAAAAAAAAUAUUCGUUAGAAAACAUUUAUUUCAUUACAACACAAAUCCUAGCAUUAAUGGUUACCGUAAAUCAAAAUUUUGUAAAAAAAAAAAAUCUACUGCUAAGUAGCGCGUUGUAAAGCACAGUUCUAGUAUAUCAU